AUGCCCGAUACGACUGCUCCCGAACUUGAAAACGCUCGCAAAUCUUCAUCCACUAGAACUCAAAGCCCAGUUGCUCCUAUUCCUACCCCAGACUAUCUUGCGAACGCACAUCAAGAACCGGUCGUCGCCUCUUUUCCACGUCCGCUGUUGGUUAUCCUUGAUAUGAACGGCACCCUUAUAUACCGUAACAAAAGCAGACCAGCCACCUCCUUUAUCAAGCGCCCCUACCUUGACGUUUUCCUUCGUCAUCUAUUUGAAAGAUAUAAGGUUAUGAUUUGGACCAGCGCUACGCCGCUUACUGUGCGGGAGAUAGUCAGAAAGCUGUUCGCGCCAGAGGUGAAGUCCGAUAAUUUUGUGUCGGUUUGGGCUCGAGAUAAAUUAGACCUUUCCAAAAAACAAUAUAUCGACAAAGUUCAGGUAUAUAAAAAACUGGAGAAAGUUUGGAAUGACGACUUCAUACAAUCAAAGUACCCCGAAGUAAGGGAUGAUCUCACCAAUGAACAAUCAUCUUGGAGCCAGUCCAAUACUGUUCUUAUUGACGACAAUAAAUUGAAAGCUGCUGGUCAGCCCCAUAAUAUUAUUGACAUACCCGAGUUCACCAACGAUAUGGCUGUCGACGAGAAGGAAAUUUUGAUAACAGUUCUACGCCAACUGAGGAUACUGGCGAUGCAACACGACGUGAGUCGGAAACUACGCCAAUGGGGGGAGAUGAAAAAGACAGCGGACGCGAGCCUUUCGGUCGCCCAAUUUUGGCGCACUCAGCUCAAUAAAGAUGAGAAGGAGCUUGGUCUGGAUGAGGAAAUCAUGCUUUUAGAAACUCAAACCGAUGUGAGUGAGUCCGUUUCUAAAUGGAACAAUGCCGAAUCGACGAAUAAGAAGAAGAAGAAGAAGAAGAAGAAAAAGAAGGCGAAGAAAAGAGGGAAAAGCACUAUGCAGGCUAUGACCACAUCUGCUAGUUGA